UGCACCACAAAUUGUUGCCUAUUUUAAUACRCUCUCGUAAGCUUAAAAAUCAUUGAUUUUCCUUCAAGCAAAGCGACGACAUAAGCGCAAUCAUGACUUCAGAUAUUYCUCUACAAGACAAUGUCCCCAUAUCUCUCAAUUUUAGAGACAUCAACAUUUCGAUCGCAGAUCGACAAAUAUUACAAGGAGUUAGCGGCAAGGUCAAACCAGGACAAAUUUUGGCCAUUAUGGGACCGAGCGGUAUCGGAAGUCCACUAGAGAGAGGUCUUUCUGGAGGUGAAAAAAAGCGUGCGAACAUUGGCUGUGAACUGAUUAUCAAUCCAUCGAUUCUUUUCCUUGAUGAACCAACAUCUGGUCUGGAUUCCAGCAAUGCACUCAACCUGAUCAACACUUUAAAGGAAUAUGCAGCAAAAGAGAAGAAAACCAUACUAACAAGUAUCCAUCAGCCUUCCAGUCAGAUAUUCCAUAUGUUCGACAAACUGCUGUUGCUAUGUGAAGGACAGAUUGCUUUCUAUGGUAAAGCGUCAAGGGUUCUGGAUUUUUUCAGCAGUAUUGGGCAUGUGUGUGAGACUCAUUUCAAUCCAGCAGAUUACAUACUGGAAAAGGUGACGGCAGGCAAGGAAGUACAAGAUUUCAUUAUACAGUCAUGGAGAGAAAGAGCGGAAAGACACCAUGAAUUAAAAGAAAAUAAAACCAAUAACGAAAAAGAUACUUAUUUAAAAAGUUUGGAAAAGAAAGAUCAAAGCUGUAGUAGUUUUAACUCGCUUGAAAAACCAACAAGUAAAAACGAUUCUGGAGAUGAAAAUCCUGGAGGUUUAAAGAUAAGGGAAACAGUUUCAGAUACUGAUUUAUCCGAACAAAGUGAUAACUACUUUGAUGCAAAAGAAAAGAUUUUGUCACAGGAGAAUCUUUCCUACGAAGGUUCUGACAGUGAGAAUGAACCAGAUAACCAUUCACCAGAUACAAAAGAUAAUGAAAUGAAAUCUAAUUCUUGCAAUGGUAUAAAUGGUUUAAACUCAAGAGAAUUCACCUCUAGCCCAACAGGAGGUGAUAUACCGUUAGUAUCUGUCAUAAAACCAAAGGACAUGCAUGAUGUUCACCUUGAUAUACAUGAUGAUGAUGAAGAUGAUGAUAAUUACACUGAUGUGAGUACUGCAUGGGCUACGUCAUUCUGGACACAGUUUUCAGUUCUUACUGAACGAACCUUUAAACAGUCCAAGCCGGAAAUCCUAUCAAAAAUUAAUUUUUUUCAGACUUUUGCUCUUGCUGUGAUAACAGGAGUCAUCUGGUUUCGUAUUCCUUACACAGAAGAAACGAUAAGAGACAGAUAUGCUAUGAUCUUCUUCAUUGUUGUCUACUGGAAUUUCAGUCCCAUGUUUGCAGCGUUGGUGUCAUUUCCAUCAGAGCGUACCAUCAUCAACAAGGAACGGUCUGCAGGUUACUACAGACUCUCAGCUUACUACUUCGCCAAACUUUUCAGCGAGCUACCACUAGUCAUCUGUCAGCCAUUGGGAUAUCUCAUUGUUGCUUACUGGAUGUGCGGGUUGAAUGAAAGCGUAGCAUUCCUUGAAUUUGUUUUCAUUAUACUGCUGACCAGCGUGACUGCUCAGUCAGUUGGUCUGUUCCUUAGUGCCACCAUCAUGAAUUUCAAACACUGCAUAACAGUAGCAGCUAUCUUUGGUCUGACGUGCAUGUUGUUGGGUGGAUUCUACCAGCAACAUAUUCCAUCCUGGUUGAAAUGGUUCGAGUAUGUAUCAUACCUAACUUAUUCCUUCGAAGCCUGUAUGAUUGUGGAGUUUGCGACAUCAAAGCCCUUCAGAUGUCAAGAUCUCUCAGUGUACAAGUCAUGUCAGAAGAACAGUACAUACAUCCAAGGACAAGAGGUAUUGGAUCAUCUCAGCGUCGAGUCAGCCUUGUGGCAAAACGUACUUUAUCUCUUUGCCUUUGCAUUAGUUUUCAGAGUCGGUACAUACCUGUCUUUAAGAUUUUUAAAUAAGCCAAAAUAGAAGACCGAGUAGACCCCUUGCAGAACGUCGGAAUACAGCUCAAUUUGGAGGACAAAACAAUCGGUUUCCAAUUCUCAGGAGAACUAUGAGCUUAUUUGACGUCACGUGCAAGAGGUCUAUAGUUUGUUUACAUGACGCACAGAGAGCCCAAUCUCUAAAUAAAUGGAUGUUAUCGUCUGAGCAACAGAGAGAAUAGGAAGGCCAGGAAUACCGGCAGGUUGAGGCCAAUCUUUAAGCCUUUCCAUUUAUUUAGACGAGGAAGGAUAAGGUGAGAAAAACUUAGAUAAAGAUAAGGCUAUUUCAUAGAAAUACCAAAUGCACAAGACGUAUUAACUGUCAGACGAGUAUUUUUUGUGAUAUUAUUCUAAAUAUUGAUGUUUUAGUAACCACGAAUGUUCGUAUUGAUGGGUUGCAAGCAUUCCCAAGAAAUUUAAAAGACAAAAACAUGGCGGCCAUUGUGGUACCGUUAACAAUGGAUGCUAAUGAGUAAUCUUUUGUUAAAUGGUACCAACAUGGCCGCGAUGACGUAACGUGCAAACGAAGAAUAUUUAUAUGUGAUGUCAUCUUACUGCCACUAUUAGAAUUAUUCGAAAACCUUUUUGUUUCAUUUUCUGGUCAAUAAAAAAUGUGAAAGUGAUUCUGGCAGUGGUAAUAUAUGUCAUUAUAAUCACGGUAAAGUUUAUCAACGCGCAAACGUAAUUGCUUUUAUUGACGUCAAUAAAAAUGAUGAUGAGCUAACAACCAGGCUCCACACGGCCAAACCCUGAGGAGGUGGUCUGAGAGAAUGAAGUUUGUAAUAUUCACUGUGAUUGGUCAAAAGAGGUGUUGACGUCAGAUUGACGUCAUCGACUGGCUGGUCGAAACCAAAUAUGGUCGGGCGCUACUUGAAUGUCAUAAAACUUGGUUGUUAGGUAAAGGCUUUUCGGUCGAAAAUUGUCGAAUGUCGUUUAUUGGUAAAUGAAUUUGUAAGCAAGUUAGGCAAGAAAGCAUUUAACGUCAAAAUUGUAGAAAUGAAGACACCUUUAACUUGUACAAAARAUAUUGCGUUAUCAAACGUUAGAAAUGGGUUGUUUCUCUUCAUUCUAAGGCGAGUUUGGUUUGUGUUGCKCUGGGUUAGCACGUGAAAUAAAUAAAAUUUAAUAAAUAAAAUGGGAGUGGCAGUCGUUGAAAGCGCAUAUCCCAACAUGGUUGAAUUUUAAAAUGUUUAUCAUUAUUAUUAUUAUUAUUAUUUUAUUUUUAUUAUUUCCUUAACACCGAACAUUUCUAUCAAGAUAUUGGAUUUAAUCCGUUAAUGUAAAUCUGAUAGAAUUACGCAAGAAAAAUAUAAAAUUCAGUAUUUUAA